CUAGCCAAGAGAGUAGAGCAAACAAGGAAAAAUUAAGAAGAGAGAGAGAAUUCUGAUCAAUGACAACAUUGCAAAGAUCAUCUGUCUCGUUCCGACGACAAGGCUCAUCCGGCCGUAUAUGGAAUGAUCGCCACAUAAUCGACCCAAAAACUGGUUUGCCUAAUGCAGCUGCUGGGGAGAGAAGGUAUGAGGGAAACCUUCCAAGCAUUAGGAGCCCUGAGGAAACUUUUUCUCCUCCACAUGAAGAGAUUCUUCACCCACAACCAACCAACUUUCAAGUACCUCCUAGACCAGAAAACAAUGAUUCUCCAUCCAAGGUUCAAAGGUGUGGCAUCUCUCUUCUUUUCGGACGCUGCAUGGGACCAACGGCAUAGGCACAGGAUCUUUCCUUUACAUCCAUUUCUUUAUCCUCUUCUGUAUAAAUACAUUGCACAUACUUGAGUUCAAUUUGAUUUGAAGCGAAAGAAACCGCAAGAGAGUAACAAAAACAAUGCUUUCCUACGCAUGUUUUAGAAAGUAGUAUGCCUGGUGUUGAAUUUUCGCAUUCGUGUCCUAGAAGGGUAAGUAUUUUAAGUUUUAAU